UCGCAUAUCAGUCCAUCUAAACAGCAGAAGACAAGAAACAAGAAACAGAAGCUGCACUAACCUCGAAUUUCUUGUUUCUACCCGUGGUUAUACGUUAGUUCACGUUAAUUACUAGAUUUCUAUUUAAAAUGGAGUUUUAGCUUUGAAAGAUAUUUUGAAAUAAAUUGUGGCAAUGUCAUUUUGUUUGGAAUCAAGUUGAAGCGGUUAGUUUAUUUAAAGUAAAGUAAGAGCUACUUGGUGGUACCAUAACAAACUUAAAUUGGAUAAACAAGGAACUGAUAUAUAAUGUCCUGUAUCAGCACAGUUUGUCGGAGUUUCUCCAAAUCGUUAACUGGAAUUUUGUGGAAAAGUUCGGUGUGCUCUUACAGUGUAUGGAAUCCUGUGAAGCCAAGUAAUUUCCAAACUUUUGGAAUAUUACCAACGCUAUCUCCAUCAUUUCUGAAGCCAGCUUCGGUCCUUGCAAUCCCAAAUGCAGGAAUGAAGACAAAAGGUAAACUGAGGAGACGUUGCAAACACUGCCAUUUUGUUAUGAUAGAGGAAAGGCUGCAUGUUUGGUGUGAUGUACAUCCUCGUCAUAAACAAAUGCAAAUGAUUAAAAGACCUAAAAAUGUUAUAAGACUCACCGCUGUCUCUACAGGUAAAAUUCGUCCUUGGUGAGCAUUGGUUCCCAUUUUGUUGUUUUGUAUGGAGUAUUCUACUUUUCGUAAUACUAGUCUAAAAUAAAUGCAGUUGAUGGGAA